CACAGUAUUUUUCGGCCUCGGUUGAGCUUAGGUUGUGUUUCGAGUACUUUGUGUUUAUUAUUAUUUUGUUUAAUGCCGUGUUGUGUUUAAUUUCUCGUGGUAUACAUGUGUUGAGGACAUACAUCAUGCCGGUGUUUCAUACAAAGAUUAUCGAGAGUAUUUUGGAGCCAGUAGCUCAACAGGUUUCUCGACUGGUGAUUCUCCAUGAAGAAGCAGAAGAUGGAAACGCUAUGCCAGAUUUGGCGCGGCCGGUGCAGGCCGUGUCGCUGGCUGUCAAUAACUUAGUUAAGGUGGGACAUGAAACGAUAGAAUCGUCUGAUGACGCGGUACUUCGAGCUGAUAUGCCUGGUGCGUUACGAAGAGUGGAAGGUGCUGCGACUCUGCUUCAGCAGGCUUCGGAUAUGCUCAGGGUUGAUCCUUAUUCUGGACCUGCUAGGAAAAAACUCAUCGAAGGUUCCCGUGGAAUUCUUCAAGGAACUUCUGCUCUGUUGCUUUGUUUCGACGAAUCUGAAGUUAGAAAAAUUGUUAAAGAAUGCAAGAAGGUUUUAGAUUAUCUAGGUGUUGCAGAAGUUAUAGAUACGAUGGAGGAUCUGGUCCAGUUCUUAAGAGAUAUCUCACCCGCUUUAUCUAAAGCUGCAAGAGAGGUCGCGUCCAGAGCAGCGGAACUAACACACCCUCCUCACGCGGAAACUUUGACUCGGUGCUUGGAGAGCGUCAAAAAACUAGCUCCAGUGCUCAUCUGUUCGAUGAAAAUAUACAUACAUAUAUUGUCUGAAGGCGGUAAAGGCAUUGAAGACGCCGCUGAAAAUAGAAAUUAUUUAGCGCAGCGAAUGGCUGAUGAUAUUCACGAAAUCAUCCGGGUUCUACAGUUAACGUCCUACGUGGAGGAUGGAGGCGAGAAGGAUAACAUCGCGGUACUGAAGGCUCUACAGACAAUGAUCCACACGAAGGCCGGAGCUGCCCACGAGUUCCUUAAUGACCCCGCCGCUCAACGCAACGGCCCCGGCGAGCGCGCCCUGCGCUCCGUGCUGACGUCAGCGCAGCGCGCCGCCGAGCACCUCGUGCCUGCACUCGCCGACACGCUGCGCCGCACCGCGCGUUCUGGCGGUAUCAACGCUGACCAGCUGUGUGAUGAACGUCAGUACGGACGCGGUAUGGAGCCUAAGGCCCAGAACCUUGCUUCUGAACUGCGCAGUCAAAUAAACGAAGUCGAGAAUGUUGUGAAUGAAGGCGUUCGAGCGGCGGAGAAACAGGGCGGCAGGACUAUCGCUGCCAAGUUGGAAACAGCUCACAAAUGGCUGCUUCAUCCAGCUGCAGAUCCCUCAACUAGGAUCGAAGGACAGAAGGCUAUCAAUAGCAUCGUUUCUCAAGGACAAAGAAUAGCGGACAACCUCCACGGUCGUGAAAAGGCCGAAGUGAUGCAGCUGUGCUCCGACGUCCAGAGGCUCGCCGAGGACCUCGCGGAUCUGUGUAUGAGGGGGCAGGGGGGUACUGAGGAGGCGGCGGCUAUCACCAGAGAGUUAACCGACAAACUUCACGAAUUGAAGCGAAGCAUGGAGCGAGCGGUAGUCAAUAGAGUUGUUGAAGAUUUCAUCGAUGUAGCGGCGCCUCUGAGGCAUUUUACCGAUGCUGUUAAUGCGCCUGAAGGUACUCCAGGUCGUGAAGCCAAUUUCCAGGAGAAAGCCAAUGCUCUAUCAGCCUUUAGCCAGAAGGCAGCGGCCGCUGCAAGUAUGGUAGCCGCUGGAGUGAGACACAACAAACGUCUGGCAGAUCAGCUCAUACACAAUGCUCAGGAGGUUGAAAAGUUGUCGCCGCAACUGAUCUGCGCGGGAAAAAUUCGUCUUCACUAUCCAGAGAGCAAAGUAGCAGAGGAACACUUCAAUAAUGUUCGCGAGCAAUACUCGGACGCUGUGCUACGUUGCAGAGAUUUGUGCGACCAGGCCGUGGAUCCCUUGGACUUCGUGAGGACCGCUGGUGAACUGAUGCAAAAGCACACGUACCUCUGCGAAGAGGCGAUCAGGAACAACGAUUCUCAGAAGAUGGUCGACAAUACAUCUGCUAUUGCCAGACUGGCGAACCGAGUGCUGCUGGUGGGCGGGGCCGAGCGCGACAACACCGAGGACAAGGAGUUCGCGGCGGCGCUGAGCGCGGCGCAGCAGCGCCUGCAGGCGGCCAUCGCGCCCGCCGUGCGCGCCGCCAAGCGCGUGGCGCUGGCGGACCGCGCCGCGCCGCCCGCCUGGAGGGCGGCCAACGGGGAGAUAAUAAAAGCAGCAAGUGGAGUGGAAGAGGCCCUGUCCCGUCAAAGCGCUCCACCACCGCCCGCCCUACCGGAAUCCUUCUCAUCACUGCGCGUGUCUUCAACGGGAGCUCCCCCUCGCCCCCCUCCACCAACAAUGGGAGCGCCCCCGCGCCCCCCACCACCUGAUACGGAUGAUGAGGGAGAGGAUAUCUUCAAACGCCAGCCUCACCCCAGUCAACCCAUUUUGGUGGCAGCCCACAACCUCCACAAGGCGGUGCGCGAGUGGUCCUCGAAGGACAACGAGAUCAUCGCCGCCGCUAAACGUAUGGCGAUCCUCAUGGCGAGGCUGUCAGACCUCGUACGGUCUGACUCUAAAGGUAGUAAACGUGAGCUGAUAGCAACAGCUAAGGCGAUCGCUGAAGCCUCAGAGGAAGUCACUCGUCUGGCCAAGAAAUUGGCUCUCGAAUGCACGGAUAAGAGGAUUCGUACCAAUCUGCUCCAAGUGUGCGAGAGGAUCCCGACGAUCGGAACUCAGCUCAAGAUACUGUCAACCGUCAAAGCCACUAUGUUAGGAGCUCAGGGUAGCGAAGAGGAUCAAGAAGCAACCGAGAUGUUGGUUGGAAACGCGCAAAACUUGAUGCAAAGUGUAAAGGAGACGGUGAAGGCCGCAGAGGGCGCCUCUAUCAAGAUUCGUACAGAGCAGGGCGCUUACAGACUUCGUUGGGUGAGGCGCUCGCCCUGGUACCAGAUAUAAACGGACAGACAGAUUAUAUUUUCAUCGUCACUAUGAACUUUGGAUUCUACGGGGAAUUACCGCGAUUGAUAACAUGGAGCUUGUUGAAAAAAAUUAACUAAUAUAAUUGAUGGUGGUAAGUUCCGUAGGAUCCAAAGUAUAGACAGGCGUAUGUCGUAAACAUGACCCCUUAUAUAAAUAUAUAAGAGCAAUCUUUUAUUGAUAUUAAUUCUUUAUCUUUCAAUAUCGAAAUAGUAAGCAAAAACACUCUUAAUA